AUGACUAUCGUCUUCUAAUAAUUAAAAAAAAAAAACAUUUCCCAAAGUCCAGAGGUCGUCGAGGGCCCACAGGCCCACGCAACCGGCUUUCUCAGCCUCUUCUUGAAGCCUUAACGGAGAAGAAAACGUAAAUCAGAAGAAAUCAGCCGACGGGCUAGAAGCUAGAUCUCCGGAUCAGUAAUUGAAUUGGCGUCCCAUGUGGAUAUUGAUUUAGGGUUUAUAUUCCAACCUGGGUUUUUCCCAACUUGGUCCAGAAUUUGCCAGCAGUAAUGCACCAGUAGCGUCAGUUAAGACGAUGCUGCGCUUUGAGGACCCCGCGAAGCUCAAAACUAAGAAGAUUGUGUUCGAGGAUGUAUAUGUUGGACGUGAUUCUGGCACACUUGAGCAACUGAAAGAGUUGAGCUCCAAGCGUAGAGUGAUUGAGGAGUCUAUUAAUGAGAGCAGCUUCAUCACAGAUGCUAUUGCAAGGGAAAUAUCUGGAGGAUUGACAUCUCCUUGUGAACAGGACCUCCAGAAGCUGGAACAGUAUCUGCCAUUAUUGGAAAACUUGGUUGUUCACUUUGAUUUGGUUAGCAACAACCGCCAGAUGAUUGUGUGGACUACAGAACUGAAGAUACGAUGGACAAGUGCUCUUAGUGCAUCAUCUUUUUUCAAUCUUCUGGGCCCAAAGUAUUUUCAAAUUGAUAGUUUGCGGUUUGAGCUUUGCAUGACCCUUUUCCUUUAUGGUGCAAUUCUUCGGGAGCGGGCUUUAGAAGUUCUACCAGCAGAUUUGGUGCAAUCUGCUACCCUUUUCAGAAAAGCAGCUGGAGUUUAUCAAUACCUGGCUCAUGAUGUAAUUCCAUCUCUACAUCCUGCGUCGACUGCUGAGAGGCCACCUGAAUCCACCUCAGCAGUGUCCAGUGUUAUGAGCCUUAUUUGUUUGGCUGAGGCCCAGGCUGUGACUAUAAGGAAGGCUGAAGAAAAAGGAAAUACCGGAGGUCUUUUGGCAAAGCUGCACUAUGGUGUCACACAAUUUCUUGAUGAAGCCACUGGUGUUUUAUAUUCAACAACUGGAGAGUGCAAAGAUAUUUCAUCACGCUUUUUGGAUUUCAUAUCAUCUUGCAAAGCGUUACACGAGUUAAGGAGUCAGAAGUAUCUUGCAGACAGUCUAAAGAUUGCUGGCCAUGUAGGGGUUGCAGUUGGAGUUCUUCAUCAUGCUCUGGUCAAUGCAAAAAAGAAAAUGCCAGGGGAGGAGUCAUGGCGAGUGGUUUUUAGGAAGGAGAUCGAUGAUGCUGCUGAUAUGCUCAGGAAGUAUGAACACGAAAAUGAAUUUGUCUGGCGUGAGAAGAUCCCCACCAUGGAUGAGUUGCCAUUACUGGAAGGUAAGAAAAUUGUGAAUUUCAUACCUUACCAUCCCCAGAGAUGGGAAAGGGCGCUUGUUUUCAAUAUUUAGACGUACAAAGAGAUACUGUACAGUAGUAUACCUGUCUUCAUUUUGUGCAAGCAAAAGGUUGUCAAACUUCUUGGAACUUCCAAGCUUUCUUAUUGUGUAGAAGAUAUGUAACAUCGAGGAAUUAGCAAACUCCUUUCUCGAGAACAUUCUUUUUUCUUUUUCCUUUUCCAGAGAUUGUUGAAGGCUGUUUUGGGUAAUCGAGUUAUGUGGAUCAAGUUUAUAUUUGUAAAUUGGAACUUGGGUUGAUUACUCUCA